GCCGUUACCAUAGCGACUGGGCCUCCCUUCCGCCGAUCUUCGAGGCCUUGUAAACAUCUUUGAGCAUCAGCAGCUCCUGAGGCCAGGGUAACCGGCUGAGAAGAAAAAUCUCAAGUCAAUGAUCUAUGCUUCCAACUUAAGCAAGCCGAAGCAGAAAAGCAAAUUAAGCCCAAGCUCAGGAGAAGAAAGAAAAACUUGAAGAUUGGAAAUCAACACAGAGGAAACUAUGGCGAAGAAUCUUGUGAUGUCAUAAUUUCUGGGUGUCCCUGGAACGUCUGAUCAUCAUCCUUCGGCAGGUCCCUUCUUUGGACAGUCAGUAAAAGUGGUCGAUUUAUUCACCUCUACAAAAAUCAGACGUGGCCUAUUUUGAUUUUUGGUGAAUUAUGCCUUUUCGGUUUGGGACCCAGCCAAGGAGCUUCCCGUUGGAAGGAGGAGAUUCUUCAGUUGGGCCAGAAUUGGGGAUGAGCUCCAGCGCUACCUGUAACGGGAAAGAGAUAUCGCCAGCCAGGCAACUUCGAAGAUGCCCUGGAAGUCAUUGCCUGACAAUCACUGAUGUUCCCAUCACCGUCUAUGCAACAAUGAGAAAGCCACCUGCACAAAGCAGCAAGGAAAUGCAUCCGAAAUAGCACGAUGAAGGCUUUUGUAGACGGUUGAUUAAGUCAAGGGUAAUGGGGCAAGGAUCAUCUUAUAAUCUGGUAAAGCAAUAAAAGUGUGGCACCGUUGGAU